ACCGCUAAUGCCGCGCGGCGCCAACAACAAGACCAUCCCUCCUUGUUAGUUUUUAUAUUCUCCGCCAGCGUCAGUGUGCGAAGGAAGGGGGCGUGGUUAAAGGUUAAGCAGUGUCACUCACCUCUUUAAAAAUGGAUAAGAAAGGAAAGGGAAUCCAGUUUGGAAAGAUUAAAUUCAGCAUCGGGCCCAGUCCAGCAGCAGCAGCGCCUGCAGAAGUUGCUACCUCGUCUACGGCACAGGAUGACCUAUCAGAAACUGGGGGCUUUGGCAAAUUUUCAGCUUCCCAGCAGGCAAGCAGCUCGGCACAGGCGGCACAGGAAGAAUUGGAUGGAAUGGAAAAAGUCAUGGGUUUCAGUGGCUUUGGAAAAAAAGCAAAGCAAUUCAACCUGGAGGAAAUGGUUGCGCAGGCCAAAAAGAAGGUCCAAGAUAAACACUCUGUUGCUGAAAAACUGGCUCCUCUGAAAUUGGACGAGGAAAAGAAUGAGAGCGACGAUGACGAUUUUAUCGGACCUCCAAUUCCUAAAGAAUUGGCUGCAGCAGUUACUAAAGUUCCGAAAAAUGAAGAGGAUGACAGCGAUGACGAUGUCGUAAUAGGUCCUCUACCUCCUAAAAAAGACUCAGAUGAUGAAGAUAGUGAGUCUGAAGACGAGGAGUCGGAAAGUCAGGCAAGCAAAGUUCCUGCAUCCCACGAAGUCCACAUGGUGCAUGGAUCAAAAGCUGUCUUGGCCCUUGCUGUUGAUCCGGCUGGAGCUAGAAUGGCCACAGGCUCAAUCGACUACGAAGUCAAAUUCUGGGAUUUCCAGGGCAUGGACUCAACGUGUCAAAGCUUCCGCACGCUCACCCCUUGUGAAAACCAUCCAAUAAAAAAUGUGCAGUACUCGAUGACCGGCGACCUGGUUCUCAUUAUUUCGGGUAGUUCCCAAGCUAAAAUUUUGGACAGAGAUGGCUUUGAAAAAGCAGAAUAUGUCAAAGGAGACAUGUACAUCACUGACAUGGCUAAUACUAAGGGUCACGUAGCCUCCCUGACCUGUGGUGCUUGGCACCCAAGGAUCAGAGAAGAAUUCAUGACCGCUGCUGAAGACAGCACCCUUCGACUGUGGGACAUGUGGAACAAGAAAACGCAAAUCAACGUGAUCAAAUGCCGGUCGCAGACUGGACUGAAAACCAAUCCAACAUGUUGUGCAUACAGCCGUGAUGGAAAUCUGGUGGCCUGCGUUUGUUUUGAUGGCUCGAUCCUCAUGUGGGACCACAGAAAAGCUUUUGUCAACACUGCCAAGGUGGUUAGAAAGGCGCACGAAAGCCAGACUGAAACAUCGUGCAUCACUUUCUCGUAUGGAGAACAGAUGCUCGCUACCAGAGGUGGUGACGAAACCCUCAAGCUCUGGGAUUUGAGGGCCUUCAAAAAGCCUGUGCAUGUAGCGGAAAAUCUGUUUUCUAGAUAUUCAACGACAGAAUGCUCAUUUAGUCCAAACGACUCAAUGGUUAUGACUGGCGUAUCCAUGCGGAAAGGAGAAACUGAGGGCAAACUCAUGUUCUAUGAUAAAAACACUUUUGAAAAAGUACAUGAGCUGGUUGUCACAAAUUCGCAUGUGGUUCGAUCUGUGUGGCACCAAAAGUUGAACCAGCUGCUGGUCAGCUGCGGCAAUGGCAUUAUCAAGGCAUAUUACGAUGACAAGAAAAGCUUCAGGGGCGCCAUGCUCUGCGCAAAUAAGACAAGAAGGAAAGUUAGAGAGGCGCACACAGCGGUUGGCCAACAAAUCAUUACUCCCCACGCGCUGCCCUUGUUCCGCAAGGACAGACCCAAGUCGCUCAAGAAGCAAAUGGAAAAAGCGAGACAGGACCCAGUCAAGUCUCGAAGACCGGAGUUGCCGCUUAUUGCCAAGGGCCAAGGCGGGAGAGUGGCCACCGGCGGAGGUACUCUUAGCUCGUAUGUCAUCAGGAACUUGGGAAUCAGCAAGAGGGUUGAGGAUGACCAAGACCCGAGGGAAGCCAUUCUUCGUUUUGCUAAAGAGGCUGAAGAAAAUCCUUACUGGAUUGCGCCUGCCUACAAAAAAACGCAGCCGAAUCCCAUUUUCCAAACGCAAGAAGAAGAGGAAGGAGACGAUGAGGAACCAUCAAGCAAAAAGCCAAAAGUGUAGAAAACUUUCGAAAAAAAAUCAAAUUUUAAGAGAAAAAAAACAGUUUCAUUGACACACAC